AUGCUCAGACGGUUCACCAAGUUGCUGUCAGUAGGCGCCCAACCAAGUGCGCCGCUAAGUACGCAGGUAAGAAGACUGUUUGCUACUGCUUAUAACCAGGCCAAGAUCUUGAACAAAUACCCUAUUGGAUUAAACUAUCAUGGAUUCACCAUUGAACAAGUGCAGCCCAUACCGGAGUUCUCGUUAGUUGCAGUUAAACUCAAACAUGCGAGAACAGGCAGUCAGCACCUUCACCUAGAUGCUCCCCAUGACCGUAACAAUGUGUUCCUGGUGGCUUUUAAGACAAAUACUCCCAACGCCACCGGUGUUCCUCAUAUAUUGGAACACACCACUUUGUGUGGAUCAUACAAGUAUCCAGUCAGGGAUCCGUUUUUCAAGAUGCUCAACCGAUCCUUGAGCAACUUCAUGAACGCCAUGACGGGCCACGACUACACCUACUUCCCGUUUGCAACCACAAAUGCCAGGGAUUUUGAAAACUUAAUGGAUGUAUAUUUGUCAUCUGUAUUUGAACCAUUAUUGACCUACGAAGAUUUCACCCAAGAAGGUUGGAGAUUGGAAAACGAGGUGUCUGAUGACAAGUCCAGUCCGUUGAUUUUCAAGGGAGUUGUUUAUAAUGAAAUGAAGGGCCAAUACUCCAACUCUUCUUAUUAUUAUUGGAUUAAGUUUCAGGAAGCCAUCUACGGUUCUUUGAACAACUCGGGUGGAGACCCUCAGAAGAUCACCGAUUUACAGUAUGAGGAUUUAGUUGACUUCCAUGCUUCGUGUUACCAUCCUUCCAAUGCAAAGACAUUCACUUAUGGCUCCUUGCCAUUGAUGGAACACUUGCAAAAGUUGGCUAAAUGCUACGAGCCUUUCGGUGCCAGAGGUGUCAAAAACCUCAUUAUGAAACCUACCUUUCAAAAUAAUACCGAUAGUUCGAAGAAUGUGGCUGCUAUCAAUGGGCCCGUAGACGUGAUGAGCGGAAAAGCCGUGGCUGAACAGUACAAGUCGUCUAUUACUUGGUAUUUGGGAGAUCCCUUGGAUGAAGAGAAGCAGUAUGAGAUUUUCCAGUGGAAGGUUCUCAACUCGUUGUUGUGUGACGGACACAGCUCACCAUUCUAUCAAGAAUUGAUUGAGAAGGAGUAUGGUGAUGAUUUCACUGUCAACUCGGGCUUGGACUCCACCACCUCCUUGUUGUCGUUCACUAUUGGAUUGAACAAUUUGACCAAGGAGAAAGUAGAUGGUCUUGAAGAAAAGGUUAAACAAAUCUUACAAAACAAAAUACUUCCAGACUUCAAGUCUGACUCCAAGGUAUUCAGAGAACGAGUAGAAGCAAUUUUGCAUCAAAUCGAAUUGAACUUCAAGAAACACAAACCAGACUUUGGCUUGGGAUUAUUGCACUCUAUAGUGUCGAGUUGGAUCAAUGAGUUGAAUCCCAUCACGUCUUUACAAGUAGAGGCUGUUCUUCAACAGUUUAAGAAUGACUAUGAGACCAACGGAUUGAAGAUGUUUGAACAAUUGUUGGAGAACUCCUUGUUGAACCCAAACACUCCCAAGUUUACUUUUACUAUGAUUCCAGACGAAGACUUCACUACGAAGUUGGCAGAGGAAGAGAAGCAGAGAUUAAAAAGUAAAGUGGAAGUCUUAGAGGAAGAAGACAAACAGGUCAUUUUAGAAAGAGCACUGAAGCUUGCAGCCAAGCAACAAGAAGAGGAAGACGUUUCUGUCUUGCCAACUUUGACGUUGCAGGAUAUCCCAAGAAAUGGUGAGUUCUAUCGGUUGAAAUUCGGAGAAGUGAACUCUAAAAAGGUUCAGAAGAGAAUAGUGGAUACUAAUGGGUUGGUGUAUGCCACUGCUGCCAAAGAUUUUGGUUACUUGCCCACUAAGUAUUAUCCUUACAUUCCUUUGUUCAUCUCAUGUCUCACCAAUUUGGCAGGAACUUCUCAAACCUCAAUUAUUGAUUUGGAAACCAAGAUCCAAAAGCACACUGGUGGUGUUUCCUUCUCAGUGAGCAACAAAACCAAUCCUUUUAACAUCUCAGAAACAAACUUAAAGUUCGUUGCUACCGGUAUGGCCUUGCAACAGAAUUCUCUGUACAUUUUUGAGUUGUGGAAAGAGAUUUUGACUGAGACCAAGCUCACGAACGAGCCUGAAGUGGUCGACAAGUUGAACACUCUAGUCAAGAAUCUCGGUCAAAACCAGAUGAACAGUAUUGCUGAAAGAGGCCAUUCAUACUCCUCAGCUUUCUCAAACUCUCAGUUGACAGUCAGCAAGAACAUUAGAAAUAUCACUUCUGGUAUUGGUCAGGUUGAGUUUAUUAUGCAACUUAACAGGGAAUUAGAAGCAAAAGGUAAAGAUUUCUUGACAACCGAAUUGUUGCCAACAUUGAAUGAAAUCCAAGACUAUGUUGUUGGUGGAUUUACAAAAGGAUCGAACCCAGGGUUUGAGUACAGCUUGAUCGGAGAUGCAGGCGCUGUGUCGGAAGCUGAAAGCCUCAUACAGACAUUUGAUGACCGUAUGGGCUCUUUGAAGUCUUUAGAAAAUGAGAAUGUGCUUUCUGGGUUCACUCAGGGAUUUUCUACUUCCUACCCUGAAGUCAAAACCCUGACUUUGAUCAACUUGCCUUUUCAAAUCGGGUACUCUUCGCUCGCCAAACUCGGCGCUGAGUACACUUCUAUGGAUGGAGCAGUUUUGCAAGUUUUGGCACAAUUAUUAUCUUCCAAACAUUUACAUUCAGUUAUAAGAGAAGCCAAUGGAGCGUACGGUGGAGGAAUGACUUACGAUGGUUUGGGUGGUACUAUAAAUUUCUACUCAUACAGAGACCCCAAUCCAUUAAAGUCAGUUGAUUCUUAUAGACAGACAUUUCAGAUUGCUUUAGACAAAUUAGAGUCCAACUGGGACGCCAAAGACUUACAGGAGGCUAAGUUAUCGAUUUUCCAAAGUGUUGAUGCUCCCUCACACGUUGCUCUGCAAGGAGUAGCAGCCUUUAUUGAAGGUAUCACGGAUGAUAUGAGACAAGAUAGAAGAGAGCGGUUCUUGGAUAUCGACAACGAGGACUUGAAGAAUGUCGUCGACAAGUACUUGGUGAAGGCCCAAAAGGAAGUUGUAACAGUCAUAGGAGAUAACAGCAACCUUCACAUUGCCCCAGAUGGAGACUGGAAUAUCAAAUCAUACAAUUAA